AUGGAGGAGUCGCUGAAGAAGACCUUCAAAAAGGCACUCAUUAAGGCGGAGACAGUUGAUCAAAUCUUCUACGACAAAGCAAUGGAGUGGAACCUCAAGGCGGAAAAAUCACAAAGCAUUCCGCUAAACCUUCUGAAAGAGCUGUCAGAACUCGAUGAAGAAGAGAUGGACCUUGAAACCGCCGUUAGACGUUUCAAAGCCAUAACUGAUGCUCAAGACGCAGCAUAUAAGGCGAAGGAAGCCUUAAAGAAGUUGACAGUAGAGAAAUACAAUCUCGAAUUAGCGACAUCUGAUUUGGUAAGUCUGUGA